UGUGGAACAAAGACACACAUGCAUCUUAACAUUUUAAUCAGUCGUCUGUGAUCGUGUCCGUGUCACUGCAGGAGCUCUAGAAGUCAAGGUCUUUCCUGAACAAUGUUAUUCUACAACUGCACCUCAUCCCAAGGCUCGUACACCAUCCCGGACUCGUCCUGGUGCCCGGAAUCUGGUGAGUGCAUCAUGUGGAACGUGAGCGCUGAAGACGUGGAGGAUUUGUGCAAGAGCCGCAGCCUGUACGUGGAAAAGUACUUAGGACCCCAGCGCUCUCCGCUCUUCCUGCCAAUCUGCAUCUCCUAUUUGGUCAUCUUCUGCGUGGGAUCACUGGGCAACACGCUAACGUGCACUGUGAUCAUGCGCCACCACUCAAUGCGCACACCAACCAACUUCUACCUGCUCAGCCUGGCCAUUUCGGACCUGCUCGUCCUCCUCUUGGGUUUGCCGUUGGAGCUUUAUGAGCUGUGGUCCAACUACCCCUUCCUGCUGGGAACUGGAGGGUGUUACUUCAAGACGUGCCUGUUUGAGACUGUGUGUUUCGCCUCAGUGCUCAAUGUCACAGCGGUCAGUGCCGAGAGAUACCUUGCUGUCGUCCACCCGCUACGUGUUAAACAUGCCAUGACACAUGGCCAUGUCAGACGCAUCAUCAUUGCACUGUGGAUCGUGUCGUUUCUAUGCGCUCUGCCUAACACCAGCUUGCACGGCAUGACCAUGUUGCCUCCAAAGUUUGGCUGGAGUUUUCCCGAGUCGGCCAUGUGCGGCCUGGUGAAGCCGGUGUGGAUCUACGGGAUUCUCGUUCAGCUGACCGCGCUCUUGUUCUUCCUCAUUCCCAUGGUAAGCAUCGGGGCUCUCUACCUGCUCAUCGCACUCCAGCUGCACCGAGAAACAAGGCUACUGCAGAACGACACCAAAGCUUUGCACUCAGGAGCACAAAGCUCGCUACAGAGAACACGUCAUCGCCAAGUCACCAAAAUGCUGUUUUUGUUGGUGGUGGUGUUCGCCAUCUGUUGGGCGCCGUUUCAUGUCGACCGGGUCAUGUGGAGCUACAUUGAAGACCUGCAUGAAGAGCAGCACCGUGCCUUUGAGUACGUGCACCUGCUCUCCGGCGUGUUCUUCUACCUGAGCUCGGCUGUGAACCCCAUCCUUUACAGCCUCAUGUCCUCGCGCUUUAGAGAGCUGUUCCGCGAGGUCACGUGCUGGAAGGCCGAGCAGAAAUUCAACAUCACGCAGAUCACCUUUCGCACCACGGUAUGAGGAAACAUCGGUGUGUGCAAACGUACAGAGAUGAAGGACGGGAAAGGAGCUCAUUUCUGGAAGUAUUACCAUGAGGUCUGAGAGCUAAUAAUGGUGGUGCUAUACAUGAAAAAAACAACAAGUAGGCUCAGAUAGCUAACUAAUGCUGCUAGAAAGCUUCUUACACCACCUGUCAGGUCAACUAGGUUAGCUAGCAGCAAAUGCAGCAGUUGAUAAAAUCAGUAAAUGUAGAACAAUAGUUUGCAGAAUAUCACAGAAUAUCAUAUAUAGUUAUGUCUUAUUAUGUUCUGAAUAAACAGAGCAGUGUAACCAGCAACACAUGAGGUAUCUAUCACACUGUGAACGCUAAUCAUCUGUAUAUUCACUGAAAAUAUUAUUUCUUCUUUUCCGUUUCUGAUUUCUAUACAUUUAUUGAUUGUUUUCAUAAAAAUGGGAAAGAUUUUCAGAUCUCAGAAAUGUUUUCACUGCUAGCUUUCACAGUUAAUGAGACCAUGAUGCUGUUGGGAGUCAUGAGGAGCCUGGAAAGUCUUCCUCGGUCUGCCUGGUUAAGUGGAACUUAAACUGUGAAGGAAAACAGAGCUCAGUAAUGACGAUACAAGGGUUUAAACCAGCGACAGACUCGUCCAUACAUGGCUGUGACUUGCAUCCUUCUUCGUUUCUUUAUGGAGUCCUGGUACGGGGGGUGGGGGGGGAUACAUAUGACUGCCUGUUCAGGGUCAUACAGGAGCCAGCAUACAGGAAAUGUUUCACUGAGAUGCUAAUUAACAUUCUGAGUGACUUCAACCCAAUAAAUCCUAAAGUAAUUUAAGCACAAUUCCUGGAUUCAGGUCAGAUGUAGAUAUAAAUUAAUGUCUGGAACACCGGGCAGUAAUAAAAUAA